ACCCGAAAAUACUGCAUUCCCUUGAGACCAGCCGACGGCGUGUUUACAAAUUACAACUUAUAUUUUGGAACAACAAAAGGACAGACACCUGGUUAAACACCCUGCGAUGACUGACACACCCGCGACGGAGAACGACAAGCGUCCCCAGUUUGGAACCCGCCUGCUCACCGACGACGCUGACGUCUUCAAGCACAAUGCUUGGGACCACGUUGAGUGGGACGCAGAGCAGGAACUGGCCGCCCAGGCGGCGGUAGCCAAGAACUCGGCCAACAAAAUGGACGAAGAGCAAAAGGAUAGAUUCCAAUCGGAUGCGCCCAAGUUCUGGGACUGCUUCUAUGGCAUCCACGACAACCGUUUUUUCAAGGACCGCCACUGGCUCUUCACUGAGUUUCCCGAACUGGCUCCAUUGGAAGCGGACAAGAAAACCGACACGACGCAACCUCGCAGCAUCUUCGAGCUGGGCUGUGGCGUCGGUAACACCAUCCUGCCCCUGCUGCAGCACAGCUCGGAACCGAAUCUAAAAGUUUUUGGCUGCGACUUCUCCCCCCGGGCCGUGGAUAUCCUCCAGAGUCAGCCGCAGUUUGAUAAUAAGCGCUGCGAGGUGUUUGUCAUGGACGCUACUCUGGAUGAGUGGCAGGUGCCCUUCGAGGAAAACUCCCAGGAUAUCAUUGUGAUGAUCUUUGUUCUGUCAGCAAUUGAACCUAAGAAGAUGCAGCGAGUUCUGGAAAACUGCUAUCGAUAUCUGCGACCCGGUGGUCUUCUGCUGUUCCGCGACUACGGGCGGUAUGACUUGGCUCAGCUGCGUUUUAAGAGCGGAAAGUGCUUGGAUGACAACUUCUACGUGCGUGGCGAUGGCACCAUGGUGUACUUUUUUACUGAGGACGAGCUGCGGAGCAUGCUCACCCAGGCUGGGCUGAAGGAGGAGCAGCUUAUUGUAGACCGCCGGCUGCAGGUUAAUCGUGGUCGGGGCUUGAAAAUGUAUCGUGUUUGGAUUCAGACAAAGUUCCGAAAGCCCCUGUAGUACAAUUCUAUUAUUACUGCUCCCUGAGGACACCGAGUUUCAGCAGCGCAGAGCCAGAAAAUUCCUCGGAAGGGCUGUCGUGGCAAGUGUUACCCGCACACACACAUACGCGCGCAUACA